UCUGCCUUACAUAUAUAUAUAUACAUACAUAUAUAGAUACAGCUUUCCAUAUUCAUACAUUUCCAUCGAUCUCUGCGAAUUUCACGUCUGGGUUUCUGUUUUAAUUUUUCUAAUAGAGACUGUCGUUGUCUGGAGAAGGAUUUAAUCGGCAUUUCGCAAAUUCUUUGCGUCCCAUUUGGUUUCCCCAAGCUGUUAGGUCAGGAAAAACAAAAUAAGUCACGUUUAUCAACACCGACAAGAACAACCCUUUGGAGUUUGGUUCACAGCUUAAGAAGGAGGAAGAGUGUUCACAGAAUUCCAAUUGAUGGAAUAAUCGAGUGCAAGAUUUUACAUUCGAUCCCCAAAAGAAAAGAAAAGAAAAAAAACUGGAUACAAUGGACCUGAAAUCGAACCAUACAUCCCCUGUUUUAACCGACACUUCUUCUUUAAACAACACAAGAUUAGGUAUUCACUCUGCUUUGCUGCCGUACGCGCACAACGCCUCCGCUUUUUCUCCUACGCUCUUUCUUACAAUCCCAAGAAAAAGACCUAGUACGCUCGACGAUGUAAGAUCAAGCCUGUUUGAUGCAAUGAAAUCAUCUUCUCCGACUCAUAAUAUAUUAACCAAAGAAUUUAAUACGGACCCCACAUCAAGUGAUGUCGAUAUCAGUUACCGAAACUGGACGUUCAAAUAUCCAUCAGCACUUGCAUCGUUCGAGCAAAUAGCGAACAAUGCAAAGGGAAAGAAAAUAGCUUUGUUCUUGGAUUACGACGGGACUUUAUCUCCGAUAGUAGAUAACCCUGAUCUUGCUUUCAUGUCGAAUGCUAUGCGUGCUGCUGUUAGCAAUGUGGCUCAGUAUUUUCCGACUGCUAUAAUUAGUGGAAGAAGUCGAGACAAGGUAUACGAGUUUGUUGGGCUAAGUGAUCUUUAUUACGCUGGAAGUCAUGGUAUGGAUAUUAUGGGCCCCGUUCGGACCUCGUCAAGUGAGUACAGAAACUGUAUUAGAUCAACUGACAAGCAGGGCAAGGAAGUGAAUUUAUUCCAACCUGCCAGCGAAUUCUUACCUAUGAUCGAGGAGGUUUUGGAAUCUCUUAUCGAGAUAACAAAAGAUAUACCCGGUGCAAAAGUGGAGAAUAAUAAAUUCUGUGUUUCUGUGCACUACCGUAAUGUAGACGAGAAGAGUUGGGCAAGUGUUGGUCAAGCUGUAGAGGAGAUUCUAAAAGAAUAUCCUCGUUUGAGAUUGACGCAUGGUCGUAAGGUUUUAGAAGUUCGACCGAUUCUAGACUGGCACAAGGGUAAAGCUGUCGAAUUUCUACUCGAAUCACUUGGGUUAAUGGAUUGUGAAGAUGUUCUUCCGAUAUAUGUUGGUGAUGAUCGAACUGAUGAAGAUGCAUUUAAGGUUUUGAGAGAGGGUAAUCGAGGUUUUGGUAUUAUAGUUUCGUCGGCGCCCAAGGAAAGUAAUGCAUACUCUCUAAGAGAUCCUUCAGAGGUGAUGGAGUUCCUGAAGACAUUGGCAAUGUGGAAGAAGAAGAAUAGUGAACUAUAGAGUUAUAUUGACUUAGGGAAAGGGAUUAUAUAUAUAUAUAUAUAU